GAAGGGGAGGGGAGGAGGGGGAGGGGGAGGGGAGCAGAGCGCGAUAGAGCUAUUAGCUCGGCUGCAGCAGAUAUCAUUCAACUAGUAGAGGGGAGACGCUUCCACCGUCAGCGGCACAGGAGGGACAGGGAGCCCCGGCAGCACGCACGCAAGAGAGGCACAGACUCCAAAGCCCCUAUCACCGCACAGGAAUGCUGAAAGCACUCGGAGACGGACAGACGCGGAUCGAAAGAGUGGGAAUAUCGGGUGGUCCCCUCACGGAGCAGACGGGCGGAUCCAGACAGACGGGUCGCAGCAGAACCAGCCGGAUCCUCACCUCCAACUGAACCCUGCCCAAGGACCACACCCGCCUCCUCAUCUCAGGUAGAGCUGGGGCCCUGUGAGUGUGCUGUGCUGCGUCUGUGAAGACCCCCCAUGGGCCGUACCACUCGCUAAGGUUCUGGAGGGGGAGCGGAACUGCUUAAUGAGGUCACUGCUGCAGUCCAGGAGGCUAGCUGUGGUUGCCCAAGGGAAAUGAUUCCGCAUGAACUGCGCUGCACUCUCUCCACACCUCUCUCCAGAAGAGACAGAUUGACAUCCACGACUACCUACCGCUGAGCUCCUCUCACACACACACACACACACACACACACACACACACACAUCCUCACACACACAUACACUCAUACACACCCCCCUUCCCCCAUACCACCAGCCCUCCUCAAAAUCAGUGGAACACUCGAAGAGAGAGAGAGAGAGAGAGAGAGAGAGAGAGAAGAGAGGGAACAUCAGAGAGAGAAAGAGAAGAGAAAGAAAGAGAGAGAGAGAGGCAAGUCAGAUCUGCAAACUAUAAAGGGAUUAUUCCAUAAAGAGAGUGAGACAUAGAACGUGAGGAGUCUGAAGGAAAACAGGCAGACAGACAGACAGACAGACAGACAGAGAGAGAGAGAGACAGAUAGACAGAGAGAGAGACAGACAGACAGACAGACACCAUGAAGUCGAACCAGGAGCGCAGUAACGAGUGCCUGCCCCCUAAGAAGCGUGAGAUUCCGGCCAGCACCAUCCCAUCGGCCGCCAGCAGCCUGCCGUCGGAGGAGCGCCCCCUGGUGGUCGCUCAGGCCAGCGAGAGCCAGCGCGGGGAGAACUUGGCCUGGCUCGCCAGCGUGGUGAGCGUGCACGAGGGCCGAGAGCAGCGCAUGAGCGCCUCGUCUCUGGACGCCGACGGACCGCAGUACAAACCCCUCUCAGUCGACUACUCCUCCUCCUCCACCUCCACCUCCUCCUCCUCCUCCUCCUCCUCCAUCACCUCCUCAGCGCUCACAUUCACGUCCUCGCAGUCGUCCCGAGGCCUGCCGCUGGGCCUGACGACACUUCCCGCCAUCUACAGUUCCCCCUUCUCACAGCCAGGGGGCGCCAUCCAGUACACGCCUCUGCCCCACAACGUGCACUUCAUCACCCCCCCGUACGCAGGACCCUACGCCGGCUACAUCUCCCCUCUCGCCCCCCCUCCGCCUCCACCCCCACCUCCCCCACCCUCCUCCACCUCCGGCUCCCAGCGCUCUUCCUCCUUCUCCUCAGGCGAGGCGUAUUCCUCCUCUGCCACCAACAACAACUCCUCCUCUUCCUCCAGCUCCAAACUGGACCAGCACCAUCACCACCACCACCACCAACACCACAACCACCAGCAGCACCAGCAGCAGCAGUCCAAAGGGUCCGACCCGGCGACCCAGGCCCAUUCCACUCAGUAUAUCCCGGUACCCAGCCCCCCUGUCAACGCCCCCCGGACCAGCGCCUCGCCCCACGGGCCCCAUGGGCCCCACGGGCCCCUGCCCCACCACCAGCACACCCUGGCGCAGCUCGUGCUCCAGUACUCCGACUCCCCGCUGGGGCCCAAGAAGGAGAUGAUGAACGGGGCGCUGGAGAAGAACAGGAGGUUCGGUCCGUCCCCCGAGUCCAAACCAGGCGGAACCAAGGGAGGCUCGACCCAGCAGCAGCAGCAGCAGCAGCAGCACCACCAGCCUGGCCUGCACCACUAUGAGGCCCGGCACGUGGUUCUGCCGGCUGAAUACGCCCAGGAUGUUGCCGGGCUUCGGACCUCACUCAUGUUCGUGCCCAACAGCCACGGCGGCGGUUCCGAUCCAGUUAGCAGCGCAGACAAGCUUCCCGAUAAGGGGGGCAUCUGUUCUGGCAAGCCUGUGACUCGCACUCCUUCCUCCUCCUCCUCCUCCUCCUCCUCCCACCCCUUCCUCCCUCCACCGCUGGCAGUGGACAGCCACAAGGGGGCGCCCACGGUCAUCCAGACGACCCACAGCACCACCGAGGCCCUGUCCCUAGGGCUGCCCUCAGCCAGCUUCUACACCACACAGCAGCCCAUCAUCGGCUACAUCUCCGGCGCCGCGGGGGCCCAGACACCACUGGGGUACCACUCGGGCCCGCUGCCACACCACCUGCUCAUUCCCGGCACACAGCCCGUCAUCAUCCCCGUCAGCGGAAGCGGGCCCUCGGGCUUCGACCCAGUCCCCUGCUCCGUCAGCACCGCCACCUCCACGUGCGCCUCCUCCUCCCCCUCUUUCGCCUCCUCUGCCCCGCUCCCCCACACGUUCCUGGCGCCCGCGCCUCCCAAAGGGGACUCCUCCUUCGAGAUGCCCGCCCCGUACCCCCACCCCCCCACGGGGCAGGUGAUGCAGGCGCAGUUGCACCUGCCCCUGGUGCAGACCCAGUUGCACCUGCCCCCCGCCCCGCUCCCUCCCGCAGCCCCCCCCUCGCUGCCCCCCUACUUCGCCAAGGGCUCCAUCAUCCAGCUGGCGGACGGCGAGCUGAAGCGGGUGGAGGACCUGGGCACCGAGGACUUCCUGCAGAGCGCCGAGAUCAGCGCCGACCUGCGCAUCGACUCCAGCACCGUCGAGCGCAUCAGCGGCAGCCCCACGCCCAACUACGCCAUCGUGCAGUUCGCCGUCGGCGAGCACCGCGCACAGGUGAGUGUGGAGGUGUUGAUGGAGUACCCCUUCUUCGUGUUCGGCCAGGGCUGGUCCUCCUGCUGCCCCGAGCGCACCACCCAGACACUGGAGCUGCCCUGCACCAAGCUCUCCGUGGGGGACGUCUGCAUCUCGCUCAGCCUCAAGAACCUCAAGAACGGCGCCCUCAAGAAGAACCAGAACCAGAACCAAACGGCGGAGAACCAGAGCGGAACCCACUACCUGGCGCCGCCGCCACCGCCGCCGCCUCUCAAACCCCCCAAGGCCUCGCUGCUGGGCGUCUGGGGGGCGCGGGGCGGGGGCGGGGGCGGAGGAGGGGAGAAGGAGAACGGGCAGCGCCGGGCUGGCCGGGGGGGGGCGAGCGGCACAGAGAACGGAGAACUGAGGCCGGGGGAGAGGGGGGGGAGCUGCAGGGCCCCCCCCGACUCCCUCGACCCGGACCCCCCCCCCAAGCCAGUGACGCGCAAGCGGAGGUGGUCGGCCCCCGAGGGCCGCAAGGUGGAAAGGCCCGACGAGGAGCACCCCCUCGCCCCCCCCAAAGCCUUGUUCCUGUCCCGGGAGGUGAAGAUCAGCAUCGAGGGCCACUCCAGCAUGGCCGACUGAGGAGGCCGACGGGACUGGUAGACACGGGGGUUUUCACAAACAAAAACUCACGCUAAACAAAAAGAAUCUGCCCUCAAAAAUUGUUUUAUUUCCCUCUCCAUCUAUUUUUUGUUUUGUUUUUUUGUUUUCUAUCCGGAUUACUGUACUGUAGGCAAAAAUUUUACAGAGUAUUUACACGUUAUCACAUUUAGUGUAUGUAGUUAUAACAUUGUUAUACAAUAUUACAACUGGUGCAAUUCUUUGGAGGAGGUUUGCACAGAGGUGCAGAAGCUUCUGUGCUGGGUUUGGGUGUGUGUGUGUGUGUGUGCGUGUGUGUGUGUGUGUGCGUGUGUGUGUGUGUGUGUGUGCGUGUGUGAGGUGGGUGAAAAGGAUGCCUGAGCACUGCUAGAUGCCCUGCCAGUUCUUUGAUGUCAAUCACAAGAUUCCAGAUUUCCUUGAAUGUUCUAGAAUCCCACAGUAGUUUUUUAGGCUACCCAGAACAGUCAGGCUUGUUCCAGAAUGUUCUAGGGGGCAACUUCCAUUUUUUGUUGUGAAAGUUGAAUCAGCUGUAAUGAGAAGCUGAAGGAGAAGUGCUUGGUUGCCUGGCAUGGCUAUGGUUCUCCACCAGGGGGCAGACUGUGGGCAUGCCUGGCUACGUUUGGCAUCAUCUCAGGGUGGCAUGGCGGAAACACUCCUUCACUGGUGAAGAAGUCGACAUGAUGUCUGCUAUCCUGAGCGAGUGAUCGCCUCUUUAGUCAAAACAUACACACUUUUUAGUUAAAAAUGAUUCAUUAAAAUGACCCAAUUUUUUUCUGUUAAGCUGAGGGCUCCAU